AUGACUACCUACUUUGAUCCAACCAAGCCCAUUGACGACGAAACCGUCUGGUUUCCUCGGGGCAUGCUCAUUGAUAAAAAAACGCAGAAGCUGAGGCCCGGGCCGCAUGUCCCAAGAUCCGGUUAUGAUGAUGAUGGCGACCAGAUCUUCAUCCUCGAAAAGGGCCAAAUGCACGCGCUCUGCAGAUUUCUGUGGACGGGAAAGCUGCUCCCAACCGAUCGCGAUCAAUAUGUUCGCUAUCUGGGGCUUGUCGAUACGUCUGUGAUCAGCAAGGCAGUGUGGUCCGAGAUUGACAACCUGAUUGGCACUUAUACAAAGAUCUCCAAGGACUGCACAGAGUUCAAGGACGAGACCUGGGACAAACUCACCGUUCUCGCUGGCGUCAUCAAGACAUAUUCCGCCAUCGCCGGCGGAACGGGAACGAGCUCCUACUAUCAAGCCAUGCUGGAAUGGGUCGGGCAGUACAACGAUGAGAAGAAUAAGACUGAUCCAGACCAGAGCGUGCUUGACGAGCUGUCCGAGAGCAUCAAGUCCGCCAUUGACGACGAGCAAAAGAAGAUCACGCUCAUCCAGGAACAGGUCAGCAAGGCCCUGGAAGCCCUGAGCACAUUCCACGAUAACUGCAAGGUCUACGAGACUACGAUCCAGGGAGAUGAGAAGUCCCUGCAGGAGCUUUUGGACAAAGAAGGCAACAAUGUCGACCAAUUGCAGGCCCAGAUUGACGCGGACAGGGCCGAUAUCAAGGACGCUCAGACGAGAAUCGACGAAGACUGCGUAUUACGUCUGGAUACCGUUUUGCCGUACGAAUACAGCGUCCCCAUUGGAACUAUUGCUGGCGCCGUCAUCGCAAGUCAGGCCGAAGACGACAUUGAAAGGCUGGAGAAGAAGAUCAAGGACACCCAGGCGGCUCUGGCAGCAGACGAAGCGAAGCUGUUUGCCGCCAAGACCUUGCAGGCAGACAUCACAUCCAUGAGGGGCCAAGUCACGGACCUCCUCGACAUUAUUGCGCCUGCAAUUGUUACGCUCGAGGCGCUCCAGGGGGCCUGGGCGGGAAUGGGCGCCGACUUGCAGACGCUCUACGACUUGUUUGCCGACAGCGCCGACAGCAUUCCGCCGAUGCUUCUCGAGAAGCGGCAGCUCGAGACGAUUGUCGAGGCGUGGAACGAUUUGAAGGAAUACUCUGGGAGGUACAUUGAAAACUCCUUCAUGAGCGAGGAGCCGAAGAAGCAGACUAUGCAGGAUUGGCUCGAUGAUGCGAAGAAGUACUUGGGGGAGGCCAAGCGUCAGCGUGCCCUGAAGAUGAAUUAA